AUGGGUGUUUGCUUUGGUUGCUUCGGUGGCGGUGACAAGCGCAUGGCCAAAGAAGAAGAAAGAUUGGCCUCUGAAGAAGCGCGUGCUAGAGCUGCUGAAGCCGCACAGAAAAGGCAAGAGCAAUUUGAUAAUUCUGCGGCCGGACGAGCUGCACGUGCACAUCAAAAGGGACUGGCAAAGCAAGCUGCAAACUCAAAUACCGGGGAACCAACUCUAAAGUGGCAAAUGGGUUAA